GGCCAGGGGAGGGGCUCCUCCUUCACCCGGCCGAGAGAGAGAAGGAGGACGGAGGGGAAAACGGGAAAAAGGCACCGAUUUCCGAGAAGAAGACGUGGAAUUGUUUCAGAAAGCGGUUUCUGCUGAUUGAGACUCACCUGACCUGGUUCUGCCUUAUCUGUGACCUCGGAGACCAAACACCUGCACCAGACCUGAUAAUCAAUCAGGCCUGUUAUUGGUUAACAGACUGACUGGAAGGACUCUGAUUGGUUGAUAAAGUUUAGUCCAUGGCCGCUUCAGAGCUGAUUGAGAAGGAGGAAGUCCGGAUCCCCGUGGAAGCCAACGUGACCUCGUCAAACUCCCCGACACAGAUUCAUCCACAGAGGGUUGCCAACGGUAACCCCACCCGCCACGCCUCGACGCCGUCGCCUCCCCCGGACGACCUCGACGGUAAUGACAGGCGUGGCGGGCUGUGCAGCCUGAUGCUGAUCGAGUCUCUGAACAACAAGCUGAAGAGACGCUGCGACUACGAGAAGAUCUGCGCCGAGGCGGAGCCGGCCGACAGCCUGCCCAGCGAGUGGUGGAAGACCGGCGUGGCCUUCCUCUACGCCUUCUUCAACCUCGUCUUCACCACCGUCGUCAUCACCAUCGUCCAUGAGAGAGUACCCGACAAGUCGGUGAGCCCGCCGCUGCCGGACAAGUUCUUCGACUACGUGGACCGGGUCUCCUGGGCCUUCACCAUCACCGAGGCCAACGGGCUGAUUCUGGUCGGGCUGUGGCUGGUCCAGUGGCUGCUGCUCAAACACAAAGCCAUCGUGGGCCGGCGGUGUUUCUUCCUCAUCGGGACUCUCUACAUGUAUCGCUGCGUCACCAUGUACAUCACCACGCUGCCGGUGCCGGGGCAGCACAUGGUCUGCGCCCCAAAGCUUUACAACGACUCAACGGGGAAAAUAUGGAGGAUCCUCCGGCUCAUUUCAGGAGGAGGUUUGUCUCUGACUGGUUCUUACCUGAUGUGUGGAGACUUCCUGUACAGCGGCCACACGGUCAUGCUGACGCUGUCCUACCUCUUCAUUCAGGAAUACUCGCCCCGCUGGAUGUGGUUGUACCGCUGGGCCUGCUGGCUCCUCAGCGUCUCCGGGGUCGUCUGCAUCCUGGUGGGUCACGAGCACUACAGCAUCGACGUGGUCAUCGCCUACUACGUCACCACCAGGAUCUUCUGGUGGUACCACACCAUGGCCAACAAUCGCGAUCUGUGCGGCGCCUCGACCAGCUGCCUGACCCGGGUCUGGUGGAACCCGGUCUUCAACUUCCUGGAGAGGAACGUCCGGACGACGGUUCCGGUCGUGUUCCUGUCGCCGCGGGCCCUGCUGUCCUCCUGCAAAGAGCGGUACCACACGAUGGGCAUCGAGAGGGACGAGUGAGGACCGGACAGGGUGGGGGGGGCCCACCGGGACCCAAACCCAGACCGUAGAACCCACCUGGUACCACUCUGCUCAGCAGCUGGAGGUGUUCAUGUUCCAGGCUGCUGGCCCAACUUGUUCUGGAUGUUGAAGCUGAGGAGCAGAAAGACGUUUUGAGUUCUGCUCCUGGAGAGCGCGUGCUGAACCCAAACGGACCUUUCCGGGCCGGCGGUCUGAGCGGUUCUCCUCCAGUCGAAGCUGUGAAACGUUGCUGCUGGCUGAACUUUGUUCCUCGACGCUGCAGACGGACAGAAAGUUUCACCUCAUCGUUCAAAUGUUUCUCCUGUUCUCCGGGCUCGGUUCUGAGCUCGGUUCUGUUGGACUUUAACGAUGCCUUGGGGAAGUAUUCCCCCCUAACUCACGGCGUUUCUAUUUAAAUGUUUCAGUUCAUCAAAUAACCUGAAUAAAAACCAAAAAUCAGUUUUCAAAUGAUUUUGUUUAUUCAGCCAACCUGGUGCUGCAAUCACUCAUCAGCAGGCCUGUACUUUGACUAGGCCACUCUUCUGUUUCAAGACACCCCUGGCUAUAGAGCAGAGGUGUCCAGUGUGGUUUGGGGGCCUUUUGAAAUGAUUUUGUUUGAAAUUGAUCGUUUGGAUGCCUCUGAUCCAUCAGACCCAAAACCAUUGAGUCGUCUGAAUGUUUAUCAGUAGAGCUGAAAGUUUGGGGCAUAAAUUUAACUUUAACUGUUUUACAGGUUUGUCUUUCUGCUGUUUUUUCGUUUUGUUAUGAUGGCUGUAUUCUGCUGACUCGAUCAUGCAAAACAUUUAUUUUCCCUUCUGACUGUCAAAAAUGAGGAGGAUUGAAUCGAUCAGUCAAAUCUCAGAUGGUGAAACUUUCUUUAUUUUCACAGUAAAUAUCCAGACAGGAGGAAGAAAAUAUUUAACAAUAUAUGAAACACAAACUACGUCUAAUUACAGGAAAAACUCCGGUUAGGAGGAAACACUUGAAUAAAAACAGAAAAUAAAAUUUCACUUUACAGGACAAAGAAAAGAUGGCAUGCAGGAUAUUAUGGAAGGAGUUUUUUCCUUUUGGCUGCUUCCAAGUUCUUAACUUCUUAGUGGAACCGGUGAAGGCGCAUCACUGCCACCUGCUGGAGUGGAGUGUGAAAGACGAGCGAUCGAAUAUCGGAGGUGAAAUCCAGGAUGUGGUGAAGCUUUAGAGCUGUAUGAAUAUUUUUGAGCCUUUUCAGAAUCAUUUUAAACAAAAGUAACAAAACGGUCAUCCAAAUCUGUCAGGUUGUUGGUUGUAUUCCAGUCGGGAAUGAAAUGAUUUAUUUGGAUUACAUGAAU